AUGAAUCAAGGAAGCCCAGAAGACGGCAUCCAUGUGCUUAUUGUCGGAGCAGGCCUCGGUGGUCUACUCCUGGCACAAGGACUCAAGAAGCACGGCAUCAGCUUUUCCAUCUUCGAGUCCGAGCGGUCUGCAGCAGUCUACAGAGCGAGAGAAUGGGGCAUGUCAAUCCAAUGGGCACUUCCAUUGCUAUCCGACCUCCUACCAGAGCACAUACACGAAAGACUCCAAUCCGCCUCCGUAGACCCGCACUACACCUUCCCAGACACAGGCAACAUAAUGCCAGUCUACAACGCCCAGACCGGCGAGCGCCUAAAAGACAUCCCCCUAGUCAAAAUGCUCCGCGUCUCACGGCAGAAGUUCCGCGCCCUCCUUACAGAAGGCAUCGCCAUCCAAUACAACAAAAGCUUCCGCUCCCUGCGAACUUUAGAGGACGGACCUGCAGUGACUGCGCAGUUCUCUGACGGCUCCUCCGCUGUUGGCACUCUCGUCGUAGGUGCGGAUGGUGCGAAUUCGAUCGUGCGUGAUGCAGUGUUUGCAGGGGGCGAGGGACAGGCUCAGCAUAUUCCGUAUGGUGCGUGGAAUUUGCAUGUCUGCUACCACGACGCAGAGACUGCCCUCGCGAUCAGGAAAGCGCUCAGCCCAAUUUCCGCGAUCUGUGUUCACCCAAAGGGACACUGGCUCUGGCUAAGCAUUCAAGACGUCCCCGACCCCGACAAGCCCGAGACUUGGGUUUUCCAACUCCAAUGGACGAGGAAACUCGAAGAGGGCAAAGAAGAUAUCAGCCACAUAACCCUCGCCCAACUCAAGGCCCAAGCUGCUAAAGACUUCGCCGAACCCUUCCGCACCGCAUGGACCAACAUCCCCGACAACACACCCCUCCCCACCAACAACAUCAGCAUCUGGCACCCCCUCCCCAUCCCCGACGACCUCUUCAAAGGCAAAGUCGUCCUACUCGGUGACGCCGCGCACGCCAUGUCGUUCCAUCGUGGACAAGGUCUUAAUCAUGGGAUCGCGGACGCUGCGAAGCUUGUGGAGAUGUUGGUGGCGGCGCGGGAGGGGCGGAAGGUUAGUGUGGAGCUUGCGGUGCUGGAGUAUGAGGGUGAGAUGAUGAAGAGGGCGGGGGAGGAGGUGGCGGUAACUAGGGUCAAUACGGAGAUGAUGCAUGAUUGGGAGAGGUUGAGGGGGAGUCCGUUUAUGCGGAGGGGUGGGGAUAGGAAUGGGUGA